AGAAAGUGAAUUCCCCAUCAUAAUGUCAACACGCGAAAGUGUGGGUGGCUACUUCUCUCCGCCAGCGUUCAUUGAUCAGAAACUAACGUGGGAGGUCUUUUCUAAAUCUGUUUCCCUUCCAAAAGAGGGAGGCAUACAUCACGGGACUCUGGACCCUGUAGUCGAAGUAUAUUGCCUCAGUUGUUAACAGAUCCUUUCAGUUUUACUAUUAGUCUUCUGGAUAUUCUGGUACCAAUGGCAACUCUUUUCCUUGCGGUGUUGUAUUUCCUAUCAUUUCAAGGUCUCCGCAGCGCGUUCGGGGACCAGCACAGAAAGCUGACCGCAACGCAGGGAGAAAUGCUCGUUGUAAAGUGCGGCUGCCUCACACGCGGCCUCCCGGGGGGCACCAACAUCACCUGGACCCAUCACCACCCCUCAGAGAGCCAGCGGCCCCUGUUGCAGAGUCGUGAAGACCCGGACGAGGACGCCCUGGGGGACCCCAGCGGGGACUUGGUGGUGCUGAGUGCGUCCGUGGAGAGGCAGGGCAACUACUCCUGCUCCCCGUGGAAUUCCAACGCCACCUGUUGGUACACUUUGACUGUGAGCCCGACCAGACAGGAGGAGGUCCGUGUUAAAGACUGCGAAAAAGGGUUAUCCUGCAACCUGAAAAAUUUCUGCCCGAGGGAUUUGGUUAUCCCAUCACUUAAACUCCUCAAAAAAACAGUGUGGCAAAAGGACAACGAGGGGGACUCCUCUAACGGCUAUUUCGAAAAAGUGGCGGAGAAAGAUGAGGGCGUCUACACCUGCCGCCGGUCAUAUCAGUAUCGCGGACGAUUGUAUAACCUUACCAGCACCGUGAUGCUCAAGGUCAAAAAGCCAGCGGAUUCAAUCCCCCGCAUCUGGUCCCCCAAACCAGGGAUGGUGUACCCGGUACAGUUAGGUUCCCAGCUGGUGGUGCCCUGUGAGGUGGAGGUUUACAACAUGUUUGAUGGUUCGUACUGGUUAGACGGGAAGUCGUUUGUGGAGGACGACCAGAAUCAGUCAGUUUACUCUAACCAGACAGAAAAGAAGGGCGAGAAGGGAGAACGAAAGAUCACUACGUCUCUCGUCUUCCAGAAGGUUACAGCGGACCAACUUUCAAGGACUUACACCUGUAAGCUGGAGUCUACGCGAAAGCACUCCAACGUCUCCAUCACUCUGGCUCUGAAAGAUGUGCCGGUCUCCAGUCUCAGGGUGGCCCUCCUGGCUGUGCUCUUCGCCAUGCUAGCAGUGGUCUCCUCCGGCCUGGUCUUCUACUGGUGUAGAGUCCCCUUCACCCUCUUACUGAGGGACAAGCUCGACUGCCAUAGCAACGUCUCAGAUGGGAAGCCCUACGACGCGUACCUGAUGACCUAUCCGAGCCAAACGGAGACUGCCCUCAGCGAGGAGGACCGGAGGUGGAUGGAGAACGUUCUGGAAGAACAGCUGGGGUACCGCCUGUGUCUCCAGGAUCGGGAUGUGUCUCCAGGGGAAGCCGUGGCGGAUGCAGUGAUGCGGUGCAUCCUGCAGAGCCGUCGGGUGGUGCUACUGCCCAGCGCUGAGGACCAGCCCGCCCUGUGCUACGGCCUGCCCAGCGCCAUCCACUCUGCCCUGGUGGACAAGAAGAGCCGCCUGCUGCUCAUCCGGACCAAGACCCCCCGGAAGGUCUCGGUGGAGCAGCCAGAGGAGGGGGGCUCCAGAGCCUUACCCGAGUCCCUGAGACUGUUGACUAAGGCUGGGAGCUCCGUCACCUGGGGGGGACCCUGCUCUCGGCCUCUCUCCUCGUCCUUCUGGAAGAACCUACGAUACCACCUGCCCGCCCCGCGCAAGCUGAAGGCCAUGCAUAGCGCUCUUGACUCAGUGUGCUAACCCUGGUUAGCAUGGUUUGCAGACUCAGUGUUCUAACGCCAGUAAGCAUCUGGCUAACCCUGUUGAGUAUAGAACUUUAGCCUCAGUGUGCCACCCCUGGUUAGCAUAGUAUGCAGACUCAUGCCGUGUUCCAAUACCCGUACUAUCCGUACUUACUUUCCAAAUUUUUAGUACGUAGUACGUUCCAAUUCAGAUCCGGCGAAAAUAAGUAUACUUCAAGGACCCGGAUGUCGUACUCAAA